AUGUCGCACCCGCAGGGAAUUUCUGAGGAGACAGUACUUUCGGUUGUGGUCCAAGCGACGGGAUCAGGGAAGGUGCCGGAGAAUUCGUUAGAAGUCGCGGGCUCGGCUUCUUCUGAGGGUUUGGGCCGAAUUGGCGGUGCUGCGCCGGUAGAUGCGGGCGCAACAGCGGCAGGCGGUGCGACACAAGCGGGGUCACCAACAGAAGCUGGCGCGCGCGGGACUGGGCGCCAGGAGGCGGCACUUCCGGCAAGCGGCGCAGGGGAGCCGGGGAAGGUUGGGGGAACCGUGGGGGAAGGAAGAGAGGAGUGGCCUGUAAUGGGAGCAGCGGCACCGGUAGAUGCAGCAGUAGCAGCAGCGGCAGCAGAAACAGCAGCGGCAGCAGAAACAGCAGCGGCGGAAACAGCAGCAGCAGGGGCAGCAGCCGCAGUGGAAGCAGCAGAAGGAGCCGCCGCUGCAACGAAAGCCAGUCAAGCCGGGUCGUUCUUAGACGAUGAUGACGUGGACUCCGCGCGGCCAGUGCGCGUUAUCCCCCCCGGGCUAGACGCGUACAAGCGGGAGUAUUUCAACAAGCAGAGGGCGGCGGAAGGAAACGAACCCCCCGCGGGGGUGAUCCCCUCGGGAGUGCCCAUCCCCCCGUCGGGAGUAGCGUACGCUGGUGCAGUGCAAGGCGCAGCAGGCGGGGCAGCUGGCGGAGCUUCCGCCAGUGUACCCGCGGAUGCGGUUGCCCCCGCGGGGGGCGCGCUAUCUGCGCCUGGCGCUGGUAUUCCGCCAAUGCGAGGCGGGCAGAUAGUAGGUGGUGCGAUGGGAGGGGCGCAGAUGGGGGAAGUUGCUGAUAUGGGGGGGAUUGGGGGAGGGAUGGGGGGCAUUGGCGGAGGGAUGGGGGGCAUCGGCGGAGGGAUGGGGGGGAUUGGCGGAGGGAUGGGGGGGAUGGGCGGGGGGAUGCGAGGUGGAAUGGGUGGUCAACCACCGGAAUGGCCUCGGAGGAGACAGACUGGCACGGAUAAGAGUCGAUACAACUAUGCCUCCGCGAAUCACGGUGCCAAGAUUGUUGACUGUAGCAGCGAGGCAAAACGACCCCAGGCCGUUUUAGAUGAAGAUAAGGACAAGUAUUUACGCAUCCCGUGCAGUGUAGCAAAUAAAUUCCUCGUUAUAGAGCUCUCCGAGUUCCUUGCGCGGAUAGAAACGAUCGUACUCGCGAAUUACGAGUUCUACGCGUCUUCCACUAAAGACUUUGAAGUCUGGGCCAGCAGAAAUUACCCCUCGGACCGCUGGCACUUUCUGGGAAACUUCUCAGCGCAGAGCGUGCGGACGCCCCAGGCGUUCGAGGUGACAGGCAGCGGAGAUCUAGGGGAUUCAGUGCGGUACGUAAUGGUGCGGCAGCUGUCGCACCACGGGGCAGAGUUCUUCUGCACGCUGAGUGUGGUGCGAGUGCAUGGGGUGAACGAGAUGGAUGGGCUGAGGGAGGAGAUGGAGGCGAUGACAAGGAUGAUGGGGGCGGGUAGGCAGGCCGUAGCGGCUGCUGCUCCGGGCAGGCAGGGUGUUGCUGCUGCUGCUGCAGCAACUCUGCCGGUGAUUCCUCAGGCGGUUAUCGCUCCAAGGGUUACCACUCCUCAAGUGGUUACCACUCCUGAGGCGGUUAUCGCUCAAGUAAUUACCACUUCUCAAGUGGUUACCACUCCGCAAGUGUUUACCGGUGCUGUUCUCGAGCCUGGGGCGCUGCAGGCUCCUGAGCUCGUGGGAUCGGUGGUGUCGGUGGGUUCAGAUGGUUCAAUGGGUUCAGAGGGUUCCAGACCGUCAGCAGCUGCUCCAAGCAACACAGGGGCGAGUGCAGAGGCGGGGGGCACGGGGAGCGGCGUGGAAGGCAAUGGGAGUUCCGCAGAUGCUUCUGGCGCCAUCCCACAACCACCAGGUCCUGGCUCCGUCGCACACUCACCUGUUCCUGAAGGUCCCUCUGGGAAGGCCGAGGAGCAGUCUGGCGGAAGGGGAGAGGUGGGUCAAGGGGGGGGAGAACAGCAAAGGGAAGAGGCAGGGGAGGUGUAUGGAAGGGGGGAAGAGCAGCAACGGGGCGAGGAGCAGGGUGUGUUGAAGCAGAGCGGUGGUGAGAGGGAGGGUCGAUGGGACGGAGGGGAAGGGAGCAUGGGUAGCAGGGAAGGUAGCAGUGAAACGGUGCCUGAGGACGGAGUUGAUUCAGUUGGGAACAUUGGUGGCAGGAUCAACACCCGUGGUAGAGGCAACAUUACGAGCGGUGGUAGCAGCAGCAGCACCAGCGGUAAGAGCAACAUCACGAGUGCAGUGGAAGCGGAGGGGAGGGAAGAGGAGAAGUUUCCAGUAAGUGCAGGAGUGACAGCAACGGAUGGCGAUGGGAGUGGUGAGUGGAAGUCUGGCUUUGCUGCAGCAGGUGAAGCGGCUGGGCAGGAGGAGAGGACGGACGGAAGGCAUGGGGCGGGCAGGUUGGGAGAGGGAGAGUGUGAGAAGCAAGCUGAAGGGGGAGGUGGUACGGGAUGCGCGUCAGUGGAUGGGCCAUCAGUGCACAGGGGAGCAGCAGCAGCAGGUGCAGGUGUUGCUGCCAGGUCGUGUAGUGUUGGGGUAGGGGUCGGGGUCAGGGCCACUCGGAUCGGAGGGGCAUCUGGUUCCGGUGAGCAACCGGCCGGCGUUGACACGCGCGCUGACGCCAGCGCUGGUGCAAGCGCUGAGGCGAGCUGUGAAGAAAGCGGCGUGGGCGGAGCAGAAAGGUCUGCGGAACGUGGCGUGGGAGGAGAUGCAGGAGAGGAUAUGAAAGCGGCUUGUGAAGGCGGGGUUUCUGAGCAAGUGAGCAGAGGAAGUGCUGGGAAGCUUCCUUCCUCCGAGGAGGAAUCGUCGAUGGCAGGAGGGGGGUGGGGAGCGAAAGGAGGGAGUUUGGUGGAAGGAGGAAGGGAGGGGAACGGGACGGAGGAGGAGCGGAGUGCUAGUGGUGGUGAAGGGAGUGAGGCAGACACACAACCUGCCUCUGGAGUGGUAAAAGGUCAAGUGGGCGAUGGUUGUGCUGCAAGGAGUGAGGCGGGUGCUGCUGCGUCCGCCCCACCCCCUCCCACUGAUCCCUCCACGGAAUCCGCUUGCGCACCCUCACAUCAGAGCUCUGCCGUAGGAACUGAGAAGGAGGGUUCAGAUGAAAAAGGAAAUUCAGGUGAAAAAAGAAAUCCAGUUGAAAAGGGAGAUAUAGAAAUGGAGGCAGGAGAAGCCAGUAUGGAUGGGGAGAGUGAAGGGGAGGAAGGGCGAGUGAACAGCAAUGUGGUGGAGGCUGGAGGGGGCAGCCAAAUGGGAGCUGCUCCUUCAGGUGGUUUGGCAGGUGGUUUAUCAGACAAGGAAGGCAGCUUUCAGGUGAAAACAGCAGGGGCUGGCGUGGAGCAGGUGUCACUGUCAGCAGCAGCAGAUGGCCGGCAAAUAGAUGUGGGGGGCAGCAGCAGCAGCAGCAGCAGCAGUAGGGGAGGAGGCAAUGCAAGUAGCACAGCAGCGGGCAAUAAAGAAACAGGUACCAGCGCUAUGGGCGCCAGUGGGACGGCCACUGAAGCGACAGCCAGCAAUGGAGUAGGCAAUAACGGAGCCCUCAUUAGUGGAGCUCAGGUGGUCACCAGUGCCAGCACAUUCAGCAUCAGCAGCAGCGGCAGCAGCUUUGCCGGCGCAGCGAGCAACCUGUACGGGCUCAAGUCGCUGAUGCACAUGGUGAGGCAGUGGGAGGACAAGCAGGCCGUGCUGGAGCAGUAUGUGGAGGACAUGGCUGCCUCCUAUGCCGCUAAUCUUGCGUCUACGGAUGAUGAGCUGCUGUCGCUGCGCACGCGAUUGAGGAAUGCAACGGUUACCAUUGCAGGGUUGCAAGUGCAGAUGCAGAAUGCGGAGCAGCGCCAUGGAAAGGAGCUGGAGGAAAUGCGAAAGGAUAUGAAGCAGCCAAUAGCGGUGGAGGACGUGGAGCGGGAGGUGAAGAUCCUGCAGCUGCUGUCGGGCCAUCCCAACGUGGUUCAGUUUAUCGACGUGUUCGAGGACACGGAACUCGUGUACAUUGCCAUGGAGUUGUGUGAAGGAGGAGAGCUGCUUGACAGGAUUCUGGGCAAGAAGGACAACCGGUAUUCGGAGAAGGACGCGGCUAGCGUGGUGAGGCAGAUGCUCAACGUGGUGGCCCGCUGCCACCUCAACGGCGUCGUGCACCGCGACCUCAAGCCCGAGAAUUUUCUGUUCGCCAACAAGACGGAGGAAUCCCCUCUCAAGGCCACCGACUUUGGCCUCUCGGACUUCAGAAAGCCAGGCAAGCACUUCACGGAUGUGGUGGGCAGCGCCUAUUACGUGGCUCCUGAGGUGCUCAAGAGGCGGUCGGGGCCGGAGAGUGACGUGUGGAGCAUUGGCGUCAUCACGUACAUCUUGCUGUCGGGCAGACGACCGUUCUGGGAUAAAACAGAGGCCGGCAUUUUCAAUGAAGUGCUGAAGAAGAAGCCUGACUUCAGGGAGAAGCCAUGGCCGCAGAUCUCAUCCAGCGCCAAGGACUUUGUCAAGAAGCUGCUCAAGAAGGACCCCCGCGCCCGCCCCACCGCCGCCCAGGCCCUCUCGCACCCAUGGGUGAAGGAGGGUGGAAACGCGUCGUCCAUCCCGCUGGACAUAGCAGUGCUGUCCAACAUGCGCGAGUUCGUCAAGUACUCACGCCUCAAGCAGAUGGCGCUCAAGGCGCUAGCGACGACCCUAGAGAGCACGGAGGUGCAGCAGCUGAGGGACCAGUUCAACGCGAUGGACAUCAAUGGGGAUGGCACCAUCACCAUCGAUGAGAUCCGACAUGCGCUCAACAAGGACCUCCCAUACGAAGUGAAGGAGACCAAAGUGGUGCAGAUCUUGCAAGCUAUGGACACCAACUGCGAUGGCAUAAUUGACUUUGACGAGUUUGUGGCAGCCACGAUCCAUGUGCAGCAGCUGGAGGAGGCUGACUCGGCCAAGUGGGAGGAGCGAUCCAAGGCGGCGUUCAACCACUUUGAUACGGAUGGUGAUGGUUUCAUCGACGCGGAGGAGCUGAGAGUGGCCUAUUCGGCCAAGUGGGAGGAGCGAUCCAAGGCAGCGUUCAACAAUUUUGGCAUGGACGGCGAUGGGUUCAUUGAUGCAGAGGACCUGAGAGCGUCCUCAUCGUGGUUCGCGCGCAUGGAGGAGGACUGGGAGGAGGAGGUUGUUGACGCGUCGCAGGGAGGCGCAACGCAAGCGGAGGACGACAGGACGUACAUUGGCAGUGUGUUGUUUAACAUCAAGGGUCUACAGCACUACCCGGGGACCGUGAACCCGCGAGAGAUGGUUCGGCUUAUUCGGGAGCCCAAUAACGCGCACGACCGCAAUGCCAUUCGCGUGGACAACAUCAGAGGGCAGGAGGUAGGCCACGUGGAGGCCAAAAUGGCCUGCCACCUGGCGCCACUUGUCGACGCAGGAUUGGUCGCGAUCGAAGGCCUGGUCGCAUCUCGCCUACUCUCUGCCGGAGUGCCUCUGGUGGAAACCAACAGCCUCCCUGGUUCGGACACUUUCGGGGAAGCUUCUUCCUCUGGUUCGUUACAGUCCGUUUCGUUACAGGCUGCUUCGUCUGCUGCGACAGUGGCUGCUGCUUUGGCGGCGCGAAGAGCCCCGAUGAGCCAAGCAGAACAGGAUAAGGCGGUCUUAUCCAUGUUCGAUGACCUGGCAUGCCAGGUGGAAGCGGAUCGGCCCACUGCGGAUCCGCCUUGCCACGUCAUCAGGUCGUCCCUCCUGCCACAUCAGCAGCGGGCGCUGGCGUGGAUGAUCAAGAGGGAAAGUGCGAGGAAGCUUCCGCCGUUCUGGAAAGCCGGGGCAUUAGAAUCAGGCAGCAGCAGCAAAGGGAAGAGAGGAGGGAGAGGAGGAGGGGGGAGGGGGGGAGGGAGACAGGGCAGGGGAGGGCGGGGAAGAGGGAUAGAGGGACAGGGAGAGGGCGCACGAGGGGUGGAGGGGGGAGCGGGAGGGAAGGAGGGAGAGGCUGCAGAUGGGGGAACGGCAGAGGAGGAGGAUGGAGAUGAUGGGGGGGAGGGCGGGGGGCGAGUGUUCACUAACGUUCUGACCAACUUCACAACAGACGAGAGGCCUAAGGCGCUGAGGGGAGGCAUUCUGGCCGAUGACAUGGGGCUGGGGAAAACGCUCUCCCUGCUCUCCCUCGUUGCUGCCACCACUGCUGCUGCUGACACUGGUGAAACGCAAGCAGCCGCAACUACUGCUGCUGGGGGGACCCAAGGGGAGCAGAGCAGGGCGACGCUAGUGGUGUGCCCUCUGUCCGUUCUCUCCAACUGGACGGCGCAGAUAGCAGAACACGUGGCACCAGGAGCGCUGAGUUACUAUGUGUACCACGGGGCAGGCCGCGUGAGAGAUCCGAGCUUCCUCUCUGGCUUUGACCUUGUCUUCACCACCUACAACAUCCUCGCUUCUGAGUGCCCCCCUCCCUCUGCCUCCACUGCUGCUGGUGCGGCUGCUGGUGGUGCUGCUGGUGGCUCUUCUGCUGGUGAUGGUAGGGGUGGGUCAGGAGGGAUGGCAGAGGUGCAGCGGGCUGACAGUCCGCCGCCCUCGCCUCCUUCCAUUCCUGGGUGCCCAGGGAUGCUCAUGCCUGCUUAUGCCGGCAUGCCAGGGGCGCGGGGAAGGAAGAGGAAGGCUCCAGGGGCAGCAGCGCAGGGGCAGAGGAAGCGAGGGGGGAUGGCAGGGACGGCGGGAGGGGCGAGCAGCAGCAGUAGGAGCACUGCAGGAGCUUCAGCAGCAGGAGGAGCAGGAGCAGAGACAGCAGGUGGAGGGCCAUUGAUGCAGGUGAAAUGGAGGCGGGUGAUUCUAGACGAGGCACACGUGAUCAAAUCCGUGCGGACGCGGGCUUCGCGGGCGGCGACAGCGCUGCAGGCGGAGAGGCGGUGGGCGGUGACGGGGACUCCGGUGCAGAACCAGCUGGGGGAUCUCUUCUCGCUGCUCUGCUUCCUGCGCCUUGAUCCUCUCAACGAUCGCUCGAUCUGGACCCGCGCGAUCGAGCGGCCAAUGAUGGAGCGCCAGCACAUUGGGCUGGACAGAUUGAGGGCACUGGUUCUCACGACGGCUCUAAGACGCACCAAGGACAUGCAGGUGAACGGCCGGCUGCUGCUGUCACUCCCUCCCAAGACCGUGCAAGUGCUGCCAGUCGACCUGCUGCCAGAGGAUCGGGAUCUCUAUGACCAGGUGCAGGAGGAGGUGCGGCACCUUGUGGGGGGCAUGAUGGCACAGGGCACGUUGAUGAAGAACUAUGCUACAGUGCUCGAGAUGAUCCUACGGCUCAGACAGAUUGCAGACCACAAGGGACUCUGUCCUCCGCACGUUCUUGAGGCCAUUGCUGCGUCUGCUGCUGCAGCAGAAGAGGCAGACAGAAACCAGGAUGCAAAAGCUGCAGUUCCUUUGGACCCCCUUCUGAGUCAGAAGCUUCAGGAACUUCUGGCAGCAGGAGCAGCAGACGAGGACUGUCCCAUCUGCCUCUCUCCUCCCACUCUUCCUGUCAUCACACCCUGCUCUCACAUCUUCUGCCGCCGCUGCAUUCGCCGGGUUCUCUCGAUACAGAAGCAUGCCUGCCCCAUGUGCAGAGCGCCAGUGGAUGAGGCUCAUCUGGUGGAGGCUCCACCUGAUUCCGCAGAAGGAGAGGGUGGUGGCGCUAAUGGGGAUCAUGCCAAGGGGGGCUUGAUGGAAGGGGUUGAGGGGAAUACAAGUGCCAAAAUUGAUGCGCUUAUAGCCGCUCUUCAUGAGCCUCUUCAGGUGCCACCAGGGUACCAACCUUCAGAGGGUGGAGAUGCUAUUGCAGGGCCUAGUGCACUGGGAGGAGGUGGUGGGCGUCAGCAGCUGAGGGUUAAGAGUGUUGUGUUUUCUCAGUUCACUCGAAUGCUGGAUUUGGUGUAUGAGAGGUUACAAGCUGCAGGAUUCAAGUGCUGUAGGUUGGAUGGCCGCACCAAGCUAAGUCUGAGGGAGAAGGCUAUUGCAGAGUUCAACCGAGUGGAUGACGAUUCUCCUACAGUCUUCGUUGUGGGGCUCAGAGCAGCAGGUGUCGGUUUGAACCUAACAGCUGCCUCGCGUGUGUUUCUGCUUGAACCGUGGUGGAAUCCUGCUGUGGAGCAACAAGCAAUGGACCGAGUCCAUCGCAUUGGACAGGUACAAGAGUUGGUGAUGCUCAAGAUUUGGACAAGCUGA